AUGGUGAAACUCUCCGAGUCGGCUGUCUAUAUUCGUACAAAAAGUUCUCUGGAAAAUGUGAAGAAGCUCAAUUUAUGGGGAUGCGGUAUCGAUGACAUUCAAGUAUGCGAGAAAAUGGGUCUUUUAGAAAUUCUAUCCCUCAGUGUCAAUGAAGUAAAAUCUCUUUCUCCACUUCAAAACUGCAAGAAUUUGAAAGAAUUGUAUCUUCGAAAAAACUGUAUAGAAUCGCUAGAUGAGCUGGAAUAUCUGAAGGAUCUUCCAAGUUUAAGAACUCUUUGGAUUGAUGAGAAUCCGUGUGUUGGGGAAGGGGGUCAAGAAUAUCGAAGAAAAGUUAUCAGGAUUCUUCCUAACAUCACGAAACUUGAUGAUAAACCUGUCACCCAAUCAGAUCAUCAAGAAGCAAUGGAGGAUAGUAUUCCCGAAUGUGAUAUGCAUAGUUCUGUUUACGGAGCUCGUUCCAAUCGGUCUAAUAGUACUGAUUUGAUGAGUAGAUCAGUUUAUGUCGGUCCAGCAGUAGUUGACAGAAUCGUUCAACCACAGCUUCUCAAUUUCGGAGACACUUCUGAUGAAGAACGAAUCAACUAUCAACCACGUUCAUUUUCUGUAGAAGUACCAGGAAUGCCAUUGACUGAUGAGCAUACAAAUGUCUAUUUGGACAGUGCCCCAAACUCGCAUCGUGGAUCGAGACACAACUUGAUGUCUCAAUCCAUGUAUGGAACUUUGUGUGGAACACUUGCAGAGGAACCAAGUUCAGCAUAUGGAGAAGAUGAUUGGAAUGAUUUCAGUAUCGAAGAAGAUCGUGCGAUGGUUUCGAUGCCUCUGGCUGCUUCACACAGAAUGUAUCAAAGUAUGCACGAGGGAAUGGUUGUGGAAAUGAAACGACCGGUGAGUGUAUAA